AUGUGGAAUGAUACGACACUGCAACCUCUUGGAUCCUGUCGCAUCAUUAUUCAAAACCCGAAGAAUGGAAGGAAGUUCUCAGUGGAAUUCUUAGUUGUUGAGAAACAACUAACACCAAUCAUAGGAGUGCAGGCAGCUCAGCAAAUGGGCCUAAUUACCAUCAAUGAAGAAAAUCUCAAGAUUGCACAGCCACCUAAACGGACGAGGCCAGCAGUCAAGAGUCUCAGUACAACUGAAGAAAUUAUCAAGCAUCACCCUGCAGUGUUCCAACCAGAAUUAGGAACACUACCCGGAACGGUGCAUUUAGAAGUGGAUCAAAACAUCACUCCCGUAGUUGCGCCACCUAGGCGUGUACCAGCUUCACUCAAGGGCCAGCCGAAGCAGGAACUGGACCGUCUGCAAGAAAUAGGCAUUAUUGCUCCAGUAGACGAACCCACCCAAUGGGUCAGCGGUUUAGCUGUGGCAGUUAAGAAGACCGGAGCUUUGAGGAUCUGCCUAGACCCCAGACCAUUAAAUACAGCACUUAGAAGAGAGAGAUAUCAGCUACCUGUGCUAGAGGACAUACUUCCUGAGCUGUCUGAAGCACGAGUCUUUUCCACAGUCGACCUAAAAUCUGGUUACUGGCAUUGUGUCUUGGCACCAGAAUCAAGUGUCCUUACAACAUUUGCCACUCCCUAUGGCAGGUACCGUUGGUGUCGUCUACCUUUUGGUCUAUCCGCAUCGUCAGAGAUAUUCCAGAAACAUCUACACCAUGCCCUCGAGAACCUGGAAGGAGUCCUGUGUAUUGCAGACGACAUCCUGAUCUGUGGAAAGGGGCAAAAUGAUGACGAAGCUACCUCAAACCAUGACGAGAACCUGGAGAAGCUGCUUCAAAGAUGUCUAGAUUACGGCAUAGUUCUGAACGCAGACAAGAUGAAACUGCGCCAAAAAGAGGUUCCUUACAUGGGUCACCUGUUAUCGAGCGAUGGUCUGAAACCUGACCCCGCUAAGGUGGAGGCUGUAACCAAAAUGCCUAGACCAGAAGACGUGGAAGGAGUUCAAAGGCUCAAUGGCUUCGUAAACUACUUGGCGAAGUUCCUUCCCAAGCUUUCGGAAAUCAUGGAGCCCAUACGUCGCCUGACAAGAAAAGACACACAAUGGCAAUGGUCCGAGGAGCAGGACAGCGCAUUCCAGAAGAUACAACACAUGGUCACACAAGCUCCAGUGCUGAGCUAUUAUGACCCUUGCAGUGAGCUCACUAUCCAAUGUGAUGCGAGUCAAAGUGGCCUCGGAGCAGCUUUACUUCAGAAUGGCCGACCCAUUGAGUACGCAAGCCGAGCGUUGACAGGGACAGAGAAACGAUACGCGCAAAUUGAAAAAGAGAUGCUAGCUAUCGUUUUCUCUCUUGAGCGAUUCAACCAGUAUACAUUUGGUCGACAUGUCAAUGUGGAAAGUGACCACAAACCACUAGAAGUGAUUCUUCAGAAGCCGCUUUCACGUACACCAAGGCGAUUACAGUCAAUGAUGAUGAGACUGCAGAAGUAUGACUUCACCGUCCACUAUGAGCGCGGUAAAAACAUGCACCUGGCCGACACGUUGUCGCGAGCUUUCCUCCCGUUUGAAGGUGAUAAUGAGGACGACCUAGAGUUUGUGAACAUGGUCAACUAUGUACCCAUUUCUGACAAGCACAUCACUGAAAUUAAGGCUGAAACUUGGAAAGAUCAUUCUUUACAAAGUUUAUCUGAAACCAUUCUCAAAGGCUGGCCAGAAGAAAAGAAACUUGCCCCUGAACUGACUCACCCAUAUUUUGAUAUGCGGGAUGAGUUGACUCUUCAAAAUGGAUUGAUUUUCAAAGCAAAUGCUGUGGUGAUCCCUAAGAAUCUUCGUGCAGACAUGAAAGCAAGAAUUCAUGCCUCCCAUUUAGGAACAGAGUCAUGUCUAAGAAGAGCACGUGAAUGUAUCUACUGGCCCGGAAUGUCGGCUGAAAUCAAGCAGUACAUCUCAGGAUGCGAGAUAUGCAGGGAGUUCGAUACAACGUCGCAACCCAAUGAGUCCUUGAUGAGCCACGAGGUCCCCUCUCGGCCCUGGGAGAAGGUAGGCGCUGACAUCUUUACGCUGGAUGGUAAAGACUAUUUGGUUACCAUCGACUACUACAGCAACUUUUGGGAGGUAGACAGGUUACCAGACACCAAGGCAACCACAGCCAUCCUGAAGCUGAAAAGCCACUUCUCCCGCUAUGGAAUACCUGAUCAAGUCGUGAGCGACAAUGGUCCACAAUUCACCUCCAAAGAAUUUGUGUCAUUCGCAAAGACCUGGGACUUUGAGCACCUAACCAGCAGUCCCGGGAACAGUAAGGCUAAUGGCAAGGCAGAGUCUGGAGUAAAGACAGCCAAGCGUCUCCUACGGAAGUCUAUCAAGGCUGGGACUGAUCCAAGCACUGAAGCCUCAAAUUCGCAGUUGAGACAAAUCUCCGCAGCACAGAGCGAGGAUGUACAUAGUAUGAAAGACAAACAACAGCUGCCGAAGAGACGUUUUGACAAGUCAAAGAAGAACCGGAAAUCAGAAGAAAAGCUUGGAAAAACAUGCAAAUUUUGUGGUCAAAUUCAUGUUUUUGAAAAAGGCAAGUGUCCCGCGUGGGGAGCCACAUGUGCUAAAUGUAAAGGAAGAAAUCAUUUUGCCUCAAAAUGUAACAGCAAGGUCCACAGUAUGAGAGGAGUCCGAAGAAUCAGAAGAAAGUGA